CUUUUCCUAACAACCUACAAUCCUCGUGGAUCCGGACCCCCUUGACGUCACAAAUCUCCCCCGAAUCCCCUUAGAGCAUCGCGUUUCGAUAUACUUUCCGUCGAUCCCGAUAAAUAAGCCAGCUUUGAAUUUACUUUCCGCUCUGCUGUCCGCCAAUCAUCCCUGCUCCGGACGCGAGGAUAUAUACUUCAACCUUUCGACGUUCUGCUCACAGCGCAUCCUUUUGCGCGUUACCGUUCGGUCGAAUCUCGACGGGAGUACCAGUAAGGAACUCAAAAUCCGGCAAUAUCGACACCUAAUUCGACAAAAGCCCGCGGUGAUGGCAUAGCCCGCCUAUCAAUUGGUUGCACACAAAGUGAAGGCAUGAUAUCUCUUCCACAAGCAGGAAACUUGACUUGGUGGGAGAGGCUCGUGGGGGCCUUCGCAACAUGGCUCUCCUCAACCCGACCUUCGUCUUCGGCUGUAUAGUCCUCUUAUAUCUAUCAUCCUUUGUCCUCCUAGCCGUCUUUCGAAUUAUUACCGGUAUCUCUAUUCAAAGAAUUGGCUACUUCUCCUUGCGCCGACUAGCAUAUACACCUCGAGAUGGAUGUAGGAUAGAGAUUAGGGGCCUGGGGCUCCACGUUCAUCGACCAACCUUCGCCCAGCCAACAUGGCUCAGUAUUGUUCUAAGCGAGCUCGUCGUAACAUUAGAUAUCAACGAGCUGGAAGGAAACAAACAGGUCGACGUAGACCCCGAGGACAGCGAUGCCGAAACGUCGAAGGAUAAAAAACCGGACGCCAAAACUACUGCCCGACAACAACCACAGCUACCGCGACGAGCUACGAGCACGGUUGUCCGAAGCGAAACAUGGAAGAAACUUACGAAUAUCAAAGAAAAGAUCAAGCGGUUGCAUAGGAAUAUCAGUUGGCUCAAGCUGGUCGACGUUGUCGCGACAAACUCAGCUGUGAAUAUCGUUGACGUGGGCAAUGUCCAGGUCGGAAGCUUCACUCUCGCGGUCGAUACGCGCCGAAAGAUGGUCGAUCGUGUACGCUUUUUCGCCCGUCUAGCUGACCGCCAUGGCAAGGACCAACAAGCGGAAUGGACUGUCUCGUUGCGUAGCGUCUUGUUCACAGCUGAUGGAAAUGAAUCCAUGGAAGUUCUUGACCAGCUGUUUAUCAACGUUCAUGGACAUCUAUACAAGUCCAUGGAUGGUUUGCGCGAAGCCGCCGUGGCUAUCAAGAUGGGUCGACUGCAUAUUCCGUUCGAUGAUCUGCAAACGUGCAUAAGCCGACUCAAGCAAAGGAGAGCUGAGGUCAAAACUCCUGGGGCAGAGGAGGAGCCCGUGGAUAUUUUCUUGGGCAAGGUUGCACAGGAAAUCGACGAUCCUGGAACCACGAACGAGGACUUGAUGAGGACGGUAUCUGAUUCCAAAGAGUUUUUCAGCUCUAUCCUACGCGGCAUCAAGGAGAUUCAGUUUGCUGUGAGCUUUCUGGGUAUGAGCAAGAAGGUCCAGUCUAUCAAGCCUGGGUCUACCCCAAUCCAGCUGAAUGCAGCUAUGAAAGAGGUUGGGAUAGAUCUUCACAGGUUGGACUCCAAGUCACCAGCACACAGGAUGUAUUUCCCCGCCGAGGCCAUUGCGCACGAGGCAUUGGCUGCUGCUCUGUCUAUAUCUGUUGGCUUGGACGAUGGACAUGGUCAACCUGAACGCCUUCUCUACGUCCCGAUGGCCACGACUACGAUCAAGACAACACUACUCUCCAAAACCGUAGAAGUUCUGCGAGCCAGUACCGUGGACGAGAGAAACGCCAACAUCAUGUUUGCUAACUCUGUUGUUACGUCGCCUUCGGUAGAUCUGGACCCUCACCAUUUGCCGCUCCUUAUCGCCUUAUUCAAGUCAAAACCUAGAGCACCAAGAGCGCAGAAUGAUAACCACCAUCUGAUCUCGCGCCUACUGCCCAAAGCGAAUUACAAGUUCUCUAUGCACGAACCUGUAGUUCGUAUAAAGCUACAACCUUUGCAAAAAGCCGAGGAUCCAGAUGAUUUCGAUCUCAUCAUUUCCUCGAUCUCCUCGAUAUCACUCGACGUGGAGUCUUCCCAUAGCCUUAUGGCAGAUAUGCAUUAUUCCCUUGAUGGCUCUUUCAGACUUCAAUCGCACGACCUUUAUUACCAGACCAAUAAUGGUGAGCGGUUUAACUUGAUUACCACAGAAUCACUCGAUAUGAAACUACACCUGGGCGCCCGGCCAGAUGUUUACGUUGAUGUAUCUGGUAACCUUCAGUCUGCCUCGAUCAGUAUGGUCAGACCUGAGAUUAUCGAUGGGCUUCGCCAAAUAGUUCAGGAGUUACGCAUUGAUGUGGAACCAGAAAAGGGCACGAUUUCACGACCCAGGGGUGGCCAGAACUUCUUACGAUCCAUGCCUAACUGGCUAUUGAGAGCCCAGUUUGACGCGUCGGAUUUCAAUGUGGAGAUCGCAGGCAUUGACGAGGAGAUCUCAGAUGAUACUCGUGGAGUAUUUCUCCAUUGGGAUACUGUCUCAACCGAAUACCGUGCCCAUCGACUUGACGGACUUCAACGCCGGGCUUCCAGAAGACGCGCCAACAGUCGUUCUAUCAGUCAGUCCGACUCGGAGUGGACUCCUCCUUCGAGCUCCCCACGGCCCAAAAAGAAACCGCAGAACAUCGGCGAUGGGCGAAAGCUUACACUCUUUGCCAGUGGAAUCGAGGCACAGAUCAUGGAUGCUGUUGAUACACUCGAGCCAGAACCCUUCCUCAGUGUACCGAGACUUGAGCUUUCUCUCAGCGCGGCAAGCGAUGCCAGUGGUCCAACUUUUAACAUACAAGUUGGUGUCCGUUCGAUCCGUGCUAAGUACUCUCUCUACCGGCAUUACGCCAUUGGGGUUGCUGUCAUGACAUUACGCAAAGCUUUCAUGCAAAGCGGACGUGACAUUCCACGAACGAAGCAACAUGGAAGCUAUGUUGAUAUCAUUCCUACUGCCAACCGACUGGCGCCUCCAGGAACUCCCGAUUUCGACCCUGGCUCGUCCACUAUUACACCAGAAUUGGUUACUCUCGAUUUCAAAGCAGCGCUCGUGCAGCUUAAAGCCGAUAUGCCUCACGAUCCAGCCAUGAUGCUACAUAUGUAUGGUUUAGAAUUAGGCCGCCAGAGAUGGUCUACGCCCUACAUCGCUGCGAAACUUGUGCGGCUUUAUACAGAGCCACCACGCAUGCGCAACGUUUGGGCGAGGUUGGUCAGCAUCAAAUCAGGACGCCUCGAUUUCCGAGAAUCUCGUCGAAAAACAGCUUAUGGGGGUGUUGUCGACGAGAAAAUGGUGGACAUCGUGACUGAGGCCGUUCGUAUCGCGGUACCACACGAGGUUAUCGUCAGCCGCGUGAGUGACAACUUCAUCAAUGUGAUUAAAGCAGUUCAGCAGCUUCACCAUCGUUUCAAGACGGGUACCAAUGAGUACAUCCUCGAGAAGAAGCCCGAAGGACCAAAGUCGGUUCCCAAAGUGUCAGUACGCACACGAAACUUUUUAUUCGAGCUCGAAGAUGGUGGCUUUGAGUGGAAACUAGGCAUGAUUUACCGCACUGGUCUUAUUGAACAAACACAGCGACUUGCCCGAGAAAAUGCUUUCAAGGUCAAACUCAAGAGAGUCCGUGAAGAGGAGAUAAGACGCGGCAGCAGCAAAUUCCGAUCUCGAUCAACUUUCCCCAGGGGACGGCCUGAAAUGGGCGAUAGACCAAGCAGCAGAAGUCGGAGUGCAGACGCUUUCGAAGGAACAGAUGCACGACCAAGCUCCCAAUAUGGAAGAAUUCCACGAUACAACCCCAACAUCGAAUCUCUUCGUGUCAACGGUGUUUCAAAAGUUACUGAACACUAUGCUCGAGGCCAUCUGGACAUGUUCAAUGCCCAAAGCUGGAAGAAGCGGAUUGACCGCGCCUACCGAAUGUCUCAAGACAGCAUGAAAGAGUCUCGCGGCCAGCUCUGGGGUGCCAACCAAAUCCCCGAAGAUAUGGAAGACUCCGAAAAUCUACUGGAGGUACCCCCAAGACCAGCGCUCAUGGCCGCCGUCAUCAGUGACUUGCACUUUAUGAUCGACAAGCCGACAUUCCCUAUGAAAGACCUGCCAGAUUUCCUUCAUAAGAUCGGCAAAGGGAUGCCAAAGGAUAUGCAGUAUAGUUUACUGGUGCCGAUGCACCUCAGUAUUGCCAUGGGCGAGGCUAAGGUGACGCUGCGGGAUUAUCCAUUGCCUUUAGUGCAUAUUCCACCGAUGAAAUACGGACAAUCUGCCAAAAUCCAAGCUGUGUCAUUGAAGGCAAAUUUCGUUGUCGCCGAGGAGUUCAGGGGAGUUGAGUCGACGCGGAGGGUUCGAGUCAACGUUGUCCCACCAAGAAGCACGCUCCCAGGUUCUUCAAAUGAAGGCAGUUUUGCCAUCGAAGUCAGACGUACAAUAGGGCCUGUCAAGUCUUACUCAGAUGUUUACAUGGACGUCAAUAGUGCUCUUCCUACGCGGAUCACUUGGGGUCCUUGUUACCAGCCUGCCAUUCAGGACAUGAUGAUGGUGAUUGAAUCGUUUACUAAACCUCAAUUUGAUCCAUCAGAACGUGUUGGUUUCUGGGACAAACUGCGACUUAACUUCCACUCCAGGAUACACAUGUCUUGGAAGGGGGAUGGAGAUGUUCAUCUGGCUCUUAAGGGUACACGCGAUCCGUAUGCAAUGACUGGCAAUGGAGCCGGUUUCCUCAUGUGCUGGCGAAACGACAUCAGAUGGAACAUAAACGCUGACGAUGACCCCAAAGGAUUCAUCUCAGUCGAAAGUGGCGAGUACAUCCUCGCAGUGCCUGAUUAUAGCCAUGAAGUUCGAGACCAGGCCCGGCGACUUUACGAUGCUGAAGGUCACCUGCCUGAAGACAACUACAAAUCCGAGGCGAGCUUUAAGAAGGUUGUCAUGAAGCUGUCAGGCAAGGUCAAGGUCAUGGCUGGCCUCAUCUUCGAACGUGCUAUUGAGGACGGCCAGCGAAGCUUUGAGUUUCGCCCUCAUUAUGACAUCGUCCUCAAAAAUCCACACUUCGCUAAACCUGAUGCGAACGGUCUUCCAUACGAUGCAAUGCGUGGUUUCCGAAGCCGACACAUCCAUCUUUCUAUUGCGAUCCAUGCACCAGCUGAUCGUGACUGGCUGUCAGAUAGUCCAGAGCCCUCCCGAAGCUACAACACUAUCCAUCUCACCCCCCGUUUCUUCACCCACUUCUUCAAUUGGUGGGGCUUGUUUGGACAGCCGCUGUCAUUGCCAAUUCGUCAAGGUAGUCUCUUCCCUGGCCGUGAAAAGAACAGCAAGAAAUUUGGCCGACAUCUUGCAACUGUUAAGUACAACAUUUUGCUCGCUCCACUUUUCCUCAGUCACAUCUACAAGCACAAGGAUGUCGAAGACCAUUCUGAAAAUGCAGUCUCUGCAACUGGUUUGAAGGUGCGAUUUGACAGCUUUUCACUUGACCUUCAUCAACGCCGAGAAGAGUUUAAUACCCUUGGUAAAGGAAAACAUGGUGACGACACCAGUAAAACAUCAGGUAUCAAGAUUCAUGCUGCCCAGCUUGACCUCGUUAGCGCCGAUGUCCGAGCAGUGUCAGCAAGUUUGAAGGGAACAACCACAGAGGCCAUUAAGAAAGGAUCUAUCGCAACAUUGAUGAGCGAAUCUGACGAGAAGCCUGACUUGUCUCGGUUUACUAUUCCGGACAAUGACUUCAGUUGGAUUGAUAUGGAUGAUUUUGUCGAGCUUGACUGGAUAACACCCACGGAGCCUCACCCUGACACCAAAAUUUUACCCCUGGCAUACGCCCCUCGCCUGACAUAUUUCAGACAAACAGACAUUGGCGGUGUUAUCGCUGGAGACCCAACACGAACUAGUCCUUUUGGAAGCGAACCCACACAUUUCUGUGUGAUGAGACACGAUGACGAUCCCCGUCGAAUCCAGGGCCAGCUUAUUAGGGAUCGUCUUGAUCAGCUGGGCAGACAAAUGGAAUCUCAUGAUCGUGAGAUGGGCGAAGCGGAGUUGAGGGUUAUCAAAUGCGAUGCAAAAGACCGAGUUGCCGUGGAAGAAUUCAAGGCUUUCCAGAAACAUACCGACGUGCUGCAAGAGAAGAAGGAAUUCCUUGAAUCAAUGCUGAACCAGGCCAAGAUUCGUGCUCCGUCAAGUACUAACAGGAGCAGUAAUGAUGGCCGUAAGCAAUCAGGCGAGUCUUCCAUCCCUUUCCAGGAUGAGACCAUGGAAAUCCCAGCAACCAGCGAGUUUGAAAGCGAGUUCAACAAUCGCUUUGUUAUCCACAAUCUGCAACUCAAGUGGAAUAACACCCUGCGAAAUAUCGUGCUUCGAUACCUUCACCAAAACAGCCAAAGACGUGGUUUCACCUACUACCUUUCGCGGCCCGCUAUCAAGUUUAUCCUUGACAUUGUCGAAGAGCAGAACAAAGCUAAGUCAAACAACAAGCCAGGCAAGGCCAAAUCAACACACAGUCGACAAGGCGGCAGAAGGAGUUCUCGCGCAUCUAGCAUCCAUGAUGACGAAACCCCUCUGGAUAUCGAAGAGCGCAUUAAACGCAUUCUCAAUGACGGUCGCAAGUUUACAUCGGCUACCUGGGGCACUAACGCCGAGGGCUUUGUUGAGGGAUCGAUCGAAGAUCUGGUGACCGGAAUUGCCGAAGAAUUCACUCCCCAAAGUAGCUAUCACAUUCGAAUCAUUGCUCCGCAGAUUCAACUCCAGAGCGACAAGAACAAGAAGAAUGUGGUGCUAGCAACUGCUAAGGGUAUGGAGCUGAAGGUUAUGGAAGUCAUGGAGAAGGAGAGAAUCUCAGACAAUGUCAGCGGUCUCGUUCAGCGCCGAUUCUUGGUCAAUAUGGAUAGCGUCCAGUUCUUUGUCACACAUCGCAAGUGGUUCCAAACCAGCCUUGUGUCGAUGUAUGUUGGAAGCAAAUACGGUGCACCAAGCGGUUCCUCUUGGCCUCCAUGGGUUCCUAUCGAGGUGGUUUUUGACUUCCAGGCGGAUCCUUUCGGUUUCAAGCGCGUUGUCCAGAAAACUUCGGCCAUGGUUCGGUAUGAUAAGUUCAAUACCUUGCGCCUGAAGUACAACGAUGAGGUGAAUACGGACGGAAACGAAAACGCUUCUCAAGUCAAUAUGGAGAACCGCAUGGACAAUCUUUGGGUCGAGUUCCCAACCGCAAGAGCUCUCUGCAACUCAUCGCAGUACUAUGCACUGUAUGUCAUUGUACUUGAUCUCCUCAUGUACAACGAACCCAUGGAGAAGACGCGUAGUGAGCGCUUGGAAAAGAUCAUCCUCGCCUCGGACUUCAGCGACUUGAGUGGUGCUCCGGCUAUGGUUCAGAAGCUGCAACAACGCAUCAGGCAGAUGGAAGAGAUCAAGGACCAUUUCCAGAUCUAUGCGAAACAUCUCGAUAAGAAGGGUUGGCAAGACAGAUUGCACCUCGAGAAAGAUCUGGCAGCUUGUGAGGAUGAAUUAUUCUUCAUGAUGAAGGCCAUUACCUCUUCACAGAGAAAGUAUGAUGUCAAUUCGGAUGACAGCACUGGUCUUCUCAAGUGGAACAUUACCAUUCGAGACAUCGUUUGGCAUCUCAUGCAAGAUUCGAAUGAACCUUUGGUGGAGCUGCAGCUUAAGGACCUCGAGUAUGACCGCACAGACAACUCCGAUGGUUCUCAUGUAAACCUCAUUCGUGUUGGUAAGGUCCUUGGCCUCAACCUGUUACCGGAUGCCACAUACCCUGAGAUGAUCGCACCAUAUAUCGAUCCUGAGAAGCCGCAUACCCAGGAGGGUGAGCACAAGGAGAUGAUCCGAGUGUAUUGGUACAUGUUGGAGGCUAUAGCAGGCAUUCCAGUGAUGGACCGCUUUGAGGUCAAUUUGUUCCCAAUCAAGGUACAAUUAGAGCGAGAAGUUGGCAAGCGACUUUUUGAGUAUAUUUUCCCUGGUAUCAAUGGAGAAAAGUCGGCCGGCACCAAGAACGACUCCCCGUUCAUGCUGAAGCAGGUCACGGCUGAUGGAGAGGAGGACGAGGAUUAUGAAGAUGGCAACGGCCUGACACCUUCGUACACACGACAAUCAUCCUCAUCGUCUUUCUCAGCAGGCUCAGGUUCACUCGAGCUUCGACUAAGACCUACUUUGACAUCCAACACCAAGACUGAAGCGCCCCCUGGAAAGGCCUUGAGUGUCAACACGGGCAAUGAAGGCCAUUCUUUCCGCCUCUUCCGUACUCCUGGAACUUCCAAGACUAUGCUUAAGAAGGCAUCCCAUGAGUCUCUCCGAUCUAACAUGGGUCCAAGAGUUGGCCUUACGCGUGCUUCCACGGGUCUUUCUUCUAGGGAAGGUCGCGAGUCAAGGGACGGCGAUAAGAAGUCACGCUUCGGACUGGGAAAGAAACACCACAAUGAAAAGCAGCAGUCAGACGACCUUACUAAGAUGAUGACCCGUGCCAGCCAGUACAUGACGUUUUCGUCCAUCAAAAUGCCUUCUGUGGUGCUUUGCCUGAGCUACCGUGGCAAAGACAAUCGCAACAUUGAGGAUGUGCACGACUUUGUCUUCAGGAUGCCCAGCAUUGAGUGGGAGAAUAAGACAUGGUCCAAUCUGGAUCUAGCCCUGGCUCUUAAGAAGGCGGUUGUGAAGGCCUUGAUCUCGCAUACAGGUGCACUUAUUGGGAACAAAUUUUCAAAACAUCGACCCAAUGCCGAACAGCGAGACAAGUUACGGGUACUGGCCAACAGCUCAGUCCUCAUUGCACCGUCCUCUUCAGGUGGCUCUCAACACUACCCUGGCAGUCUGAACGAUAGCGACGAUUCCAGUCUAUACGGUUCAUCUCCUGUGGACUUCUCCCGAUCACCUCCUAGAAGCAUUCGAGCCGGAAGCACACACAGUAGUGUACGACCAGGAUCUGCUAUGCGACGACGCAGUCGAAGCUCGAGUGUCAAGAGUCGAAGAUCGCAUCGUAACGGUGGCACAGGCCAUGGCCUGCAAGCUCCCCAUGGCCCUAAUGUGCCCGCUUUCCUGAUGAUGACGCCGCCAACCCCCAUUGAUGAUCAUCAUCGUAACGACAGGCAUCAUCACGGCGUGGAGCUUUUACGGCCAGCUACCGCAAGUCCACAAAGCAGCAUACACAGCAUGAAUAACAGCAUGUAUAGCCAGCAGGGCCAGACAUAUGGAAUAACACCAAGCAAUUCCCAUGCUAGCAGUGUAAACAGCGCCAGCACUCACAGCAGUAUUCCGGUGCCUGUCGCCCAACAGCACAGGCCCGGGUUUAGAAGAAUUCCGACGGGCAUCGAACGACCUGCGUCGAGCAUGAGCAAUCACGAUUCUGGGGUACGAAGGAAGAACGGCGCAAGCAACCUCAAAGACAAGCUUAGCGCGCUCACAUCUCGUAUUGGCAACAGAGAAAGCAGCAGCCCCUCACAGCAAGAGGAUGAUUCGGAGGCCGUUGACGACCAGUUGACACCCGCAGGACCUAUAAGUAGAUCUAGGCGGUCUUCAAGCCACACGGGGUCACGACUCAGCUGGACUCCCAGCAGGAUGAAAACGGGAUAAAAGUAGGGAGAUAUCAAGUGGCUUGUUAGUGGCAGUGAUAUGGGUGGUGCAGUAUAUAGAAUCUAGGCAAAAAGGCGUAUUGGGUAGGACUAGAGGUGGCAUUUUCCAUUCUUUUGCAUAUUUGAUGUCCAAUAUGAAGGAGGAAGAUGGAGAACAUAUAUCAUAGCAUAGCGAGCGAAUUGGGUGGAGCAAGUGUUGUUCUAGGAACAGGAUAGGAUGAGCCCUAGAUCAGUCUUUAUGGAAACGAGGGCAACCUCAGCAAAAGACUGGCUGGCGGAAUUUUUAUUUGUAAUACAAAAGAAUUGAUAUAUCGCGUUCAUUUAUCAUGGUCGAUUUUAUGUGAAGUUUUCAACUGUUUGUUCAUUGUUCAAAUUAUAUGACUUCCA